ACACCGUCAGCGUCGCUGCAUACGUGCGACUGACCCUGCUGGUCUCAGGCGCGACCAGCUCUGCCCAGCUCCAGCUCCUCUUCGGUGCUGUGCCCAUGCCCAAGCCGUUGGCAUCCCUCACGGGCAACGUCACAGCCAUGGCCAUCACCACCGAUGCACCUGACUCCACACUGGCACCCCAGGCAACUCCAGCAGGGGGCACCCUCACCGUCUCAGUGACCAAUGAGACGCCAGCAGGGGGCACUCUUACCGUCUUGGCGCCCAAUGAGACGCCAACAGGGGGCACUCUUACCGUCUCGGUGCCCAAUGAGACGCCGGCAGGGGGCGCCCCCCUGGUCUCCAUUCUGCCCCCAGUGCAGACCUCAGCAGGAGUUGGCCUGACGCUCUCCUUCCCGCUGGGGCCGGGGGCUGUGGACGUGCAGUGGCUCCUGGUCAGCCCGGGGGGCGGCUUGGGGAUGGAGCUCCACAAUGGGACGCAGGUGACGCUGGUCGUGAACGGCUCUGAGGCCAUCCUGAGGGUCACGUCCGUCUCCUCCGACUGGGCAGGGCUGUACGUGUGCCAGUACAUCAUCAUGAGCACCUUGCACCAGCUGCAGCAGCGCGUGGUCGUCGCUCCCAGCCCUGCAGACCUUGCCCAGACCCCGGCACAGGUGUCCAUGAACUGCAGCUCCGCAGCCGGGCUCGCGCUGCAGUGCUGCAUCCGCAACACGGGCCAGGCCUACAGCGUGGCCUGGAGCCCCGGGCCGGCCCAGCCAGAGGCGCUGAUGGGUGACACAGACCCCCUGUGCCACACGCUGGUCCUGGCCACCUGCCCUAGCCAGGACACCACGUACCAGUGCACCUUCACGGGUGAGGGGCCAGGAUCCGCGCAGAGCCUCGUGACCGUCUCUGUCCUACAAGCCGGGGACCUCUUCUGCCCCCAAGACCACAGCCGGGGCACGUGGGGCACCACCAAGGCAGGGCGCGUGGCCGAGACGUGGUGCCCGGAGGGCAGCACCGGGAUACUGCGAAGGACCUGCACACCUGAGGGGACUUGGGGGGCCGUGACAAGCCAAUGCACCUCGCAGGAGCUGCUGGCUGGACUACGUCGGGCCCGGCUGCUCCUGGCGGGGCUGGGCAGCCCCCGGCGCGAGCUGGCCGAACUCAUCGAGUGGCUGCGGUGGGAGACGGAGCCCAGCCGGGGCCUGAUGAACAGCUCCCUGGACCUGCUGGCUCUGGCAACCGUGGCAGACACCAUCGCCCACAUUGCCGUGGACACCGGCACGCGUCUCAACCACAGCAGCGUGGCCAGCUUCCUGGUGGCCGCCAGCCAGCUGCUGGACGUCUCCACCAUGCCCCUGUGGUCAGAGGCCCAGGCCUGGGUGCCCUCCCUGCCCUCCAGGUUCCUGCAGGCCAUUGAAGGCAUCACCGGGCAUCUGCAGCGCACUCCAGGAAACUUCAGCCUGGCCCUGCCCAACCUGGAGCUGCAAGGAGCCACGCUGGAGCCCACGGCCCUGAGCGACUACGACAAGGCCUUCACCACACGGCCGCCACUCCGCGUCCAUAUUGCCAAGGCAAUGCUGGAGGCGCUGGUGCCGCCGGGUGCCAACGUCACAGUCACCAGCAUGGUGCUGAAGACACUGGGGGCUGUCCUCCCUGGACACUACGCCCCGGACCUCGGCAAUGGGAGCUUCACCCUAGCCAGCCUGGUGCUGGCCAAUGCCAUCGUGGCCAACAACGGCAGCGUGAGCCAGGCCCAGAUCAACAUGACUUUUGGGCAUUGGGAAGGGCUGGGGGACGGGGGUGGGCAGACACCACAGUGUGUCUUCUGGGACCACGGGUUGUUCGAGGGGGCCGGGGGGUGGUCCUCCGAGGGCUGCCGAGCCACGGACGCAGGUCCCGGUGCCUCCACGCGCUGCCUGUGCCAGCACCUGACAUCCUUUUCCAUCCUCAUGUCCACCCGCCACGUGGCCGACGGCUUCUGGCUAAGCUUCCUGAGCCAGCUGGGGGUCUGCGCCUCCAUUGCGGCCCUGCUGCUCUGCCUGAGCAUCUACCGCCUGGCCUGGCCCACCGUGGUGCGGAGCAAGGUCUCCUACUUCCGCUACAUGACGCUGGUCCAGAUCUGCCUGUCCCUGCUCCUGGGCAACCUGUGGUUCGUGGGCGGUGCCCGCCUGGCCGCGGAGGGCUGGGGGGAGCUGUGUAUGGCAGCCGCCUUCUUCAUGCACUUCUUCUACCUGGCCACCUUCUUCUGGAUGCUGGUGCAAGCCCUCAUGAUCUUCCACCAGCUAGUCUUCGUCUUCCACCAGCUGGCCCGCGCCUCCAUCACCCCCUUCAUGGUAACCGUCGGCUACCUGUGCCCGCUGGCGAUCGCCGUGGCAACCGUGGCGGUGUACCACCCCCGGCAGCAGUACCUGCACCCCGCUGCCUGUUGGCUGAGCGGAUACAGCGGGGCCGUCUACGCCUUCUCGGGGCCGGUGCUGCUGGUCGUCCUGGCCAACCUGCUGAUCCUGUUCGUGGUGGUGAUGAAGCUGAUGCGGCCGUCGGUGUCUGAGGGGCCCCCGGCGGAUGACCGGAAGGCUUUGCUGGGCAUCCUCAAAGCCCUGCUGGUCCUCACGCCUGUUUUCGGGCUGACGUGGGGGCUGGGUGCAGCCACCAUGGCCGGGGACAGCUCGCGGGGAUCCCACUACACCUUCAGCAUCCUGAACUCGCUGCAGGGCGUCUUCAUCCUGGUCUUCGGCUGCCUCCUGGACAAGAAGGUGCGGGAAGCCUUGCUCCGGCGCCUCCACAAGCCGCCCAGUGUCAGGGCCGGCCUCUCACAGAGCAAGAGCGACGGCUUGGACCCGAAGCCCAGGCACUAA